AUGGUUAAACCUAAAACCGCUAAAGUUACUGUUGGUGUUUCCAAUGAUGGUGACAAAUUACAAGGUGAAAAUGUUGAUAAGGUUGUUGAUCAGGAGCCAGUUGUUGAGGAGAAAGUAAAAGGACGAGGUACUAAACGUGGUAAAAAUACUGCUGUUGCUAAAGAAACUGAAACUGUUGCUGCUGAAACAAAUGAUGUACCUGUUGUUAAGGGUAAAGGUGGUAGAAAAGGAGCUAAAAAAGAUGUUGCUGUAGCUGAAGAAAAUGAACCUAUUUCAGAAGAGAAACAAAAUGUUGCCGCUGAAACAAAUGGUACAACUACUACUACUACUAAGGAAAAAGCUGUAGCUGAAACAAAUGGUACAACAACAACUACCACUACUAAAGGUAGACCUGGUCGAAAAGCAGCAGCCAAAAAAGAGGAGGUUGUCGAGGAAUCUGAGUCUAUUCCUGAAGAAAAGCCCGCUGCCGCUGAAACAAACGGUACAACUACCACUAAAGGUAAACCUGGUCGAAAAGCAGCAGCUAAAAAAGAAGAAGCCAUGGAAGAAUCUGAACCAAUUUCAGAAGAAAAACCCGUAAAGGAGAAAAAAAGAGGAGGUAAAAAGGCUAAACAAGAGGAAGUAGUUCCUGAACCUGUCGAAGAAAAGACAAAAUCAACGAGAACAAGCAAGAGAAACAAAAAAUAG